UAUGUUCGACCUGAGGGGGGCAGAGGGAGUGACUGCUGGGUGCAGCAGCGGUCUGACGUCUUUUAACUCUGAAUGACUUGAAUAGAAAGAAAGAAGGAGAGAAAACUGACAACAGCUCAGCAGGCGAGACGUUUGCGGAAAGCCGAGGAAGAGUUUUCUUUUGUUACUUAUUCCCGCUUCCUUCCUCCAUCCACCUGUAUGCCUGCGUGAAGACAAGAGGAACUCAGCUAUGGAGAGCUCUGAUGAGGCUUCCCAGAGUGGAGACGCCUCAAAGCCAGCUCCAACCCCCAAACCUCUCUUCACUCCCAAACCCUUCUCUUUGCAGAGGAACACCCGAUUUCGCUCCAUCCAUGCGCCAAAGUCAAAUCGUGUUACUUCUACUGCAAAACCAGAGCAUCCUGGAAGAUCAGAGGCCACGGGUAGCCUCAAACUGCCUUUAACCCCCUCUGCUCUCAAUCCGUCCAAACCUACUUCCGUCUCAGCUCCCGAACCAAGCUCUGUGAGUGCGCCUGCCGAAAAACAACCAAAGACUACCAAAGAAAGUGAAGCGCCUCCUCACAAGGAGGCUACUCUGGAUUCAAGUGCUGAAAUUUUAGAAUCAUCCCCUAAAAAGACUCCACCCAAAGAGGCACCUGAGCCAGUCCAGAAAGACAAUGUCAUCCAAACAAACCACAAUGCUUCUGUGGAGGCUGUUACAAACUUCGAGCAAAAAGAUGGAGAAGAAAAGGAUGAAAGUCAGCUUUCUGUAGCCCAAAAGCUUGAAGAAGGAAGCAGUGACAGUGCCCCUAAAACCAGCUCAACACCUCAGCGUGGUGGUUCCAGGAAGCGUAUCUCCAUGGAGCUCACCUCAAAGUUUGAGUCAGGUGGUCUGUCUCUCCCCUCUCAACCUACUGUCUCCACAACCAGCACCAAAGACAGUUCAGAUAAGUCAGCGCCUUCCAGUCCAGAGCAAAAACAGACAAUACCAGAAACCCCAAAAGAAGUAAUUGAUGCUGGUGGACAGAAGGAGGAUUAUAGUGGUGGAAGCAGUAUAAAACGCAGAAUCAGUCUUCUGUUUGACUCGUCGUCAAGGCCGGAGGUCAUGACGAAGAGAGAGGAGCCAGAAAUUAUGAAUUGUACAGGAGGUGUGAAGGAGCGGAUCAGAAACUGGGCGGCAGAAAAAGGCUCUGAGGGUCCAAAUGUUGAGAAGAAACCUGAAGUUACAACUGGAACCUGCUCGAAAGGCUCUGAGCCUGCAGCUGUUCCAGCAGCAGAAAUAACACCCCAAAAACUAACUCCAGAGGUUCCUGAAGCAGAUGAAGCAUCCCCGCAGGCUGUGGAUCCACUUCCAACAGUCGCACCUGCCAAACAACCUACUGAGACCCAGACUGAAAAACCAAAAGAUGCUGUUGAUGAAGAUAAAUCAUUAGAAAGUGCAUCAAAUGCAUCCGGAGAGCAGAACAAAGCAGCAGAAGGUGAUGUCCAGCUACGCAGUCGCAUCCUGCCUGCUGCCGAUGAGGGAGACUCAGCCGCGGGGCUCAGUUCAAAAAGGAACAAUGGCAAACGUCGCUCUGUUCGCUUUGGUACUGUGGUGGCAGAUGAUGGCGGUCCUCCAGUGAUCCUGGGCUCAGAGCCUGAAUCCAGCACAGACGAAGAGGAAGAAAAAGAAAAGACUCCUGAGGAUGAAACUGAGGAAGAUGUCCCUGUUUCAGUGCCUGUCUAUAGAAGAGUUGGAAUAUUUCAUAGGAAGGACGAUGACCUGAAAAGAAACAAAGAAAAAAUACUGAAAAAUCUGGAAUUUGAAAAAAAACAGAAGGAAGAGGAGAGCGAACAAGCAAGGUUAAAGUUAGAAGAGGGGCAUAAACUAAAUGAAGAGAGGGAGAAAGAGAAGGCAAAACAGAGAGACGAGCUUAGGCUGAAGGAGGAGGAAAUGGAGAGACAGAGAAUGCAGGAGUUGGAGAGAGAAAGGCUUAAAGAGGAAGAAGUGGAAAAAGUAAGACGGAUGGAGUUGUUACAGCAGCGACAGAAAGAAGAAGAAGAAGAGAGGCUUAAACAAGAGGAGGAGAGGGAAAAGGAGAGGCGGAAGAAAGAGGAGGAGAGGAAAAAAGAACAAUUAAGAAAGGAGGCUGAGGAAAGAGAGAGGUUUAGGAGACUACAAGAGGAGGAACAGCUGAGAGAAAGACAGAGACAAGAGGAAGAGGAGAGAAAAAGAAUUGAGCUUGAGAAGAAACUGCAGCAGGAAAAAGAGGAAGAGAUGCUGAAGCAGGAAAAAGAGGAAGAGAUGAAGAGGAUGAAGGAAAGACAGAGACAAGAGGAAGAGGAGGAGAGAAAAAGAAUUGAGCUUGAGAAGAAGCUGAAGCAGGAAAAAGAGGAAGAGGAGGAGAGAAAAAGAAUUGAGCUUGAGAAGAAACUGAAGCAGGAAAAAGAGGAAGAGAUGAAGAGGAUGAAGGAAAGACAGAGACAAGAGGAAGAGGAGGAGAGAAAAAGAAUUGAGCUUGAGAAGAAGCUGAAGCAGGAAAAAGAGGAAGAGAUGAAGAGGAUGAAGGAAAGACAGAGACAAGAGGAAGAGGAGGAGAGAAAAAGAAUUGAGCUUGAGAAGAAACUGAAGCAGGAAAAAGAGGAAGAGAUGAAGAGGAUGAAGGAAAGACAGAGAAAAGAGGAAGAGGAGGAGAGAAAAAGAAUUGAGCUUGAGAGGAAACUGCAGCAGGAAAAAGAGGAAGAGAUGAAGAGGAUGAAGGAAAGACAGAGACAAGAGGAAGAGGAGGAGAGAAAAAGAAUUGAGCUUGAGAAGAAACUGAAGCAGGAAAAAGAGGAAGAGAUGAGGAGGAUGAAGGAAAGACAGAGACAAGAGGAAGAGGAGGAGAGAAAAAGAAUUGAGCUUAAGAGGAAACUGCAGCAGGAAAAAGAGGAAGAGGAGGAGAGGAUGAGGCAAAUAGAAAAACAGAGAGCAGAGGAAAGAAAGAGACAGAUGGAGAAAGAAAGAGCAGAAGCUGUGGAGAGAAAAAUGCUAGAGGAGCUGGAAAGAAAGCAAGUAGAUAAACUUGAAGAAAAGCUAAGAAUGGGGGAAGGGAAAGAGAGAAAAGAGAGUAAACCGAUGAUGAGGGAAGAGGAGAGUGUAGUUGACAAAGGAGAGCAAAAUCUGAUCAGUUUUGAUUCAGAAAAUUUUACUCACAUGUCCGAAACCCUUUACUCCCCGCCAUCAAACGUCUCCAAGCACACAGAGAGUCUGAUCGAUGUAGUUUUUGAUGACUUUUCUAUCAAAAAGCCUCUGAUCGACAUGGAUUUUGACGAUUUUUCCGUCAAACCAAAAAAAUGGGGCUCUCGGGCUAAAGUCGAAACUGCUCCGAUCAGCUGUGGGACAAGUGAUGCUGUAGCUGAAGACGAGUUGCUGGUGUCCAUGGAUGUCCAGCCCCAGGAAAGCCAAGAGAAGGUGGAAAAAGAGAAUGUGUCCACCUCUGCCCUGGAGAACCUAAAUAAAAAUGAGGUGGAAGGGGAGGAAGUGGAGGAGGAAGAGGAAGAGAAAGAAGAGCAGGAACAGCAGGAGGAGGAGAUAGAGAGGCCAGCAGAAGAGCAGCUCAUCUCUGUGGAAGAGGAAGAGAAAGAGGAGAGUGAAGAAGAGAACGCAGAUAAUGACAUAGAGGUGGAGGUAGAGGAAGAUGAAGCUGAGGAAGAUGACGAUGAGCAUGGUGACCCUAGCAUCAAGAGGAUUAGCUGUAUGAGCUUUGCAACCAUGCAGUACUUGGAAGGAAAACUGUCAUCCGCCCAGCUGCAGCUGGCAGGCUGGGUGGGCAACGUGCGACAGUCCCUGCAAGGUACUCUGGACCUAGUGUGGGGUCAUCCAGAUGAGAAGCAGGCAGAGGAAGGGGGUGAUGAAGAAGAAGAAAAAGAGGAAGGUGGAGAUACAGAUGGAAGAUCACAAAGAGCCGUGUCACCACUUCGUAUCUUCGCCAGACGUAGCAGGAGAUACUUUCGUCACUUCUCCAUCAGAAAUCGGCAGACUCUGGAGAGGAGAGCCACUGAAUUCCAAUCUGCACAUGUUAACAGUUACUGCACAAGCAAUGAGGAUAAGGAUACAGAUGCUUUGACAGAUGGUGAGCUGCACACACAGGAUGGAGUCUGUGAACAAACGCCUGAAACUGACAGUCCAAAACUACCCCCUGACCUCCACUCUGAAGAUGCUGAUACCACUGAUGCUUUUAGUGAGACCAAUCUUUCUCCACUCCCAGAGAUCUCCACUUCUCUUCUUGACACCAGUGCACAGAGAUCCAAGGCAGAUGUGGGUAAAAAGAGGUUUCGAUCACGUCCAUCACGUUCGCUGCGUGUAGUUUCAGAUCAGAAGGGCAAACUGGACCGGCAGGUCCACGACACCACAGGUGGAAAAGAAGUGUCCUUUAAACAAAACGAGUCAGAUUUUGAGGAGGAGCAGCCCAAAACAAAGGCUGUCUGUUCACCUCCUCCCUCUUCCCAAAGAGUUUCUAUGUUCCCUGGUCCAAACGCUGCAGCCCUAAUCGCUCAGAUUAAACAACGAACAGGUGGAGGAGGACCUGGACCAGGAGAGGAAACAAAAGAAGACAAGGUAGAGGAGAAAGAAUAUCAAGAUGAGGAGGUGGUUCCAUCUCCCCCACAGCCCUCUCGUUCUCCACGCUCGGCUGCUCAUCUGGCCGGGGCUGCACUGGUGCUGCCACCCCUUGGCAACAAAGACAGAGGUGCUGUGUCCUCGCCUGCAUGGUUGAAAGAGUUGAAGUCUAAGAAGCGUAUGAGUCAGCAUGGAGGUGAAACUUAGCCAGGCACAGGCAAAGCCGCACCUUUGCUCUUCAACAGGAACCAGCCCAUCUCUGCUGCUGCUUACAGAAACUUUGGCAGGAUUGCUCCAUUCUGCACAUUGAGUGCCUUAUUUUGGAUCUUUAUUGAAAGAUGCUUUGGUUGAAUUCAGGAUUUUGCUGGAAAGUGGUGAUCAAGAACUUUUAUGUUUUGUACAUGCAAUAUGGUGCCAACCUAUGAGCCAAGACUGUUAUUCCAAGUAAAUAUUAUAUAGAAUGUUGUGUGAAAACGCAGCGGAGGAUGAAUACUCCAGUGUAAUCUUGAGCAAAGCCAUGACUUGUCUUACUAUGCAUCCCUAUGUAUACUAACAGAGGCUGAUGACACUAGGUCCUCUGCAGAGUAUCUACCUUCAUACACACACACUUGCCUUUUACAGUUGUGAGGAUGCAUUUAUUUAUAUAAUGCAUUCCCUGUUUUCUAAUCCAUUAAACUACAGGCAAAUAGCUUUCCCAAUGCUAACCUAAGAUCUACAUCUUAAGCUGUUUUGCUAACCUUUAAAGAGUCCUACAAAGUUGUGCAGACCAGCCAAACUCACAAAUUCUUAAACAGCUGUGUGCUUACUUACAUAUGUAAAGAUAUGCUGAAUAUGAGUGGUAAAGCUUAUGUGUAUUUAGUUUAACAUGUACAAAUUGUCUUUUUCUUGACGUGUUGAAUUACAAAUUGUCUCGAAUAAAGCCUGAAGCACUUUAAAAGUAAUUAUAGCUGUGUCCAUCCAGUACAUCUGAGGGAAAACAAAUAACUGAAGUGACAAAGUUCUGGGAGAUUUUUGUUUUGUUUUGUUUUUGUUUUGUUUUUGUUUGUUUUUUUGGGGGGGGCUAUUUCAAGGCCACAUUUCAUGUUUUAUUAACAUAUCCAAUAUGUUUUGUCUGUUUUUUUACAGCAAUGGGUUUUAAGGGGCAAUAAUAGAUUUAAGACGCGUGUUUUUCAAAACCUUGUCAGACCUAGGCAGGUGUAUUAUCCUGCUUUAGAUCCUUUUGUGUGCUUUUUUAAUACUAAAGAAUGAAUGUCAUGAAUUCUGUAAUCAUUUAUGAUCAUCAUACUGUUUGUUUAAUGGAAACAGGGCAUUUUAUUAAAACAUUUUCUAUUAAA